CUUCAGCUCCAGCUCCAGUUGAUUCUAUGCAGUCGCCCAUGGUAGAGGCUUCAGCUCCAGCUCCAGUUGAGCCUACUGAUCGAGUUCCUACUCCGCCGUCUCCCAUGGUUGAGGUACCUCGCCCUGAGUCACCAGGCGAGGAGUCAUCAGGCGAGUCGUCAUCCGGCGAUGAGUCAUCCGGCGAUGAGUCAUCCGACGAGGAGUCAUCCGGCGAGGAGGGGUCAUAUGACGAGGAUAGUAUUCCUCCUCCUGAUGUUGAUGCUGAUGUCGUGCCAGAGGCACAGGGUGGCGAGGAGGACCUGAUCCAGAGGUUGCCGCCGUUUCCGGGGGGGCCUGUUGAUCUGUCGCUUCUCACGCAUUAUGCUGAUCACAAGGCUCCCUGGACGUGGCAUGCACUCCUACGCACAGACGAGCGGUAUGUGGACCGUCGACACUUGAGGGUGGCCACAGCUGGGGGGAAGGUUUGGAACCUUGCUUGUGAUGGUGAUUCAGACAGUCACAGGAGGGUUCGAGAGUUGAUUGAGCAGACGGGUCUUCAUCAGCUACCCUGGUGCAGCUACUCGGAGACAGAUGCAGGCCUCAUUUUGGCCCUUGUGGAGCGAUGGCAUGAGGAGACUAGUAGCUUCCACAUGCCGUUUGGGGAGAUGACCAUCACCCUGGACGACGUGUCGGCUCUUCUCCAUCUCCCAAUGGGGUCGAGGUUCUAUACGCCUGGGAGGGGGGAGAGGGACGAGUGUGCAGCGCUAUGUGCUGAGUUGAUGGGAGGAUCUGUUGCUCGUUAUCAUGCUGAGUUUGAUAAGAACAGGAGCCAGACUAUUCGCUUUGGGGUCUUGCAGACCCUGUAUGAUGCUGCGUUGGAGGAGCACCGAUAUGAGGACGCUGCACGGAUUUGGCUGGUGAACCAGCUAGGCGCGACGCUCUUUGCUAGCAAGAGCGGUGGAUACCACACGACCGUCUACUGGAUAGGUAUGUUGCAGGAUCUCGGUCGAGUGUCCGAGUACGCGUGGGGCGCAAUUGCGCUCGCUACGUUGUACGACCAGCUUGAUCGAGCGUCCAGGAGGGGGACGGCCCAGAUGGGAGGUUUCAGCUCACUCUUGCUAGGAUGGGCCUACGAGUACCUUUCUGAUCGCGUCAUUAUCCGGAGGGCGGAUCCGGAGUACUCACAGGACCAGCCUAGGGCGCGGCGGUGGGUUAUGUCCCGGGUCGGGCAUGCAGGCCUCGAUGAGAGGCGAGUCAUGCUCGAUGAGCUGACGGUGGAUGACAUUAUAUGGACCCCAUUUGAGGACCAUCGGGCUCAUCGACCACGGGAUCAGAUGACCAUACGGUUGUGCGUCGGGUCGUGGACUUGUUGGAGCAGUCACUGGAGGUGCCAGAUGCUCUUGCAGUUGGCACGCAUGCCCGAUCCCUCACUGAGAGGGCGCUGGAUCUUAUUAGAUCCAGCGCAUUCAUCGGUACCCAGGGAGUAG